CAUCAGUUGGAGUUUGUACUGGAACGCUACGAACGUCUAAGGUUAAUAAACUGCUUCGUAAGUUGGGAAAUUUAGUAUGUGGCCAAAUCAAGGUCCUCCAGCGGGUCCCCCAAACCCAGCUUUCCCUCCCCCUGUUGCGCAUGACCCUAUGUGCAUACCCUCCAAUCCUGCCUUUCCUCCGGAUCAGAAUCCAGCCUACCCUCCUGGCAUGAACCCUGCCAUGCCGCCCACAGCCAUGCCAUGUGUGCCUCCAGGACAACACCCUUACCCAGGAGGUCCAGCCGCUCCUGGAUAUCCAGCUGCCCUUGGCCCUUGUGCUCCACCAGGUGGGCCUCACCCAGGGCCUUAUCCCAGUCCUGGAGGCUGUUACCCCAUGGGUGGGGCAUUGGCAGGUGGCAUGGCUGCUGCAGGGAUGGCUGCUGCGGGACACAAGAUGCACAAAAAGGCGAAGAAAGCCAAGAAAGGGAAGAAGGCACACAAAGCCCACAAACACAAACAUGGCAAGCAUUCUUCCAGCAGCAGCAGCAGCAGCAGCAGUGACUCUGACUGAAUUUACUGAGAUCAUCUAUUCAUCUUCAGGAUUAUUUUAAAGAGCCGCUUCAGAAUAUUUCCUUAAAAUGUUUAUCGGAUGCUAGCAUAUGCUAAGCUAGUUGUUUCGGCUUAUAUAUGUUUACAUCUUUAUGCUCAAUUUAUGCAGACAAAUGACUUUCUGUCCUUUAUUCCGUUGAUUCUUAGCAUGUAAGGUGGUUGCAAACAUUUCAGUUUUGAAUUAUUGUAUUUCUCUUACAUUAAUUCAGUAGACAGCAAUAUAUAGGCUUAUAAAUGUUUUUAUUAAUGAAAAGCACUAACUAAUACACACUCAGCCUAAAUCAAAGUGUUUUGUUUCACUGCAGUUGCAUUUCACUGAAGUAGUAUUUUAUUAGUAUUCAUUUAUAGUUUUGGUCCUAUUGCGCUGUUUCAUACAAUACCAUGUUUUAUUUUAAAGGGACAUUUUCAGCCUGCACCAUGAAGAGAGAAUCUUGUCAUUGUGUUCAGCCUACGCAUACGUAUAUUAGGACACAGUAUGGUUUGAUCACUGUGAAAUACUUGCAAACAUAAUCGACAAAAGUAAUACUUUUUUUCCUGUUGGAUCGACAUGUUUUUGAUGUGCGACAAUGCUGAAGGGAUCAAAUCCACCUUGUGCCUUCAUCAAUAUAUUGGUAUAUUACUGUACAUUAAUUGGCCGCGCGAUUUCUUUGAAUGAAUGAGCGGUGUGUUCAAGAACAUUCAUUUCAAAUGUAUUUCAGUGCCUGGAGUACCAGAAAGAA